AGGGAACAUUUGUCCGGGACGGGAGCUGCGCAGUUAUGUCGCCUGGCUGCGUGUGUUUGUCAUAACACUUUGUUCUAGUCAUUAAACCGGAUUCAGAGCGUCGCAGGACACUCUUCGUUUUCAACCGGGCAAGUAAAGGAUGUGUUUGGGGUUGCAUUCGCUGAUAGUUGUUCGAAGUUGAAGGCCAUUUUGUGUGAAGGGGAAGAAAACUCACUGGAAUCGUUUGGGGAGUAUUACAUACUCGAUCCGGAUAAGGACGCUCAACAUCACAGCUGUGGGCCUUUUACUGAUGGGUACACACUGUGGGGCGGCACACAAGGAGCGCAGCAAAGCGCAGAGACGAGACUGGAACUGCGAAAGAAUGAAUAGAAGCUAGAUAUCUUCAUCUCCAUUAAACCUCGAUCGCAAAAAGUCACUAACCGCAGGUCGUCUUUGAGAACACACCCAAAACCUUCAUCCCUUUCAAAAUGAGUGUAGAAGGAUAUCAGUACAGAGCGCUUUAUGAAUACAAGAAAGAGAGGGAGGAAGACAUUGAUCUGCAUGUGGGGGACAUCCUGCUGGUAAGCAGGGGAGCUCUGGUUGCUCUCGGCUACAGCGACGGCCUGGAACAGCAGCCGCAGAAGAUUGGUUGGCUACCGGGCUUUAACGAAACCACGCAGGAAAAGGGGGAUUUCCCUGGGACUUAUGUAGAAUACAUCGGGAAGAAAUGGAUCUCUCCUCCAACUCCCAAACCGAGGCCCCUCAGACCCUUACCUGUAGCUCCAGGUUGCUUCAAAGCAGAAGCGGACUCUGACUCAGAUCAAGGUGUCUCUUUAAUGGACUUGACGGAGCAGUUUUUCCUCCCAGAGACCGCUCCGCCCUUGCUGACCAGACUGCUGGAAGCUAUCGAGAGGAAAGGUGUGGAUAACCCAACUCUGUAUCGAACAUUUACUGCUGGAGGUGGACUUGAAGUCAGACAGUAUUAUGAUUGUGAUCCUCCUGCUGCAGACCUGGACCAGCUGGAGCUCUCUGCCCUAUGUGAUGGUCUUUGUAGGUACCUGCAGGAUCUCCCCCAGCCUAUUAUCCCAGCUGCCAUCCACACUCAGAUGGUCCACACGGCCAAAGAGGUGGUGAACCCAGAGGAAUGCGCCCAGCUGCUACGCCGCAUCGUCAGCUCCCCUAGCCUGCCUCCCCAGUACUGGCUCACUCUCCAGUGUCUGCUCAGGCACUUCGCUAAAGUGUGCCAGAACGGGUCCAGGAACCUCCUCACUGCCAGAUCGCUGGGCGAGAUCUUCAGCUCCGUGUUUUUCAGACAGCAACCCACCAGUUGUGAACCCAGUCUGGAUGCUUUUAUCAAGAUCAUCGAGGUUUUGGUGACCAGCGAGUGGAGUGAAAGUCAAGCUGCUCCAGCUCUACCUCCAAAACCACCCAAGCCUACAUCUGUGACUAACAACGGUAUGAACAACAACAUGGCUCUGCAAGACGCCGAAUGGUACUGGGGGGACAUCUCUAGGGAGGAAGUCAAUGAGAAACUGAGGGAUACUGCGGAUGGUACGUUUUUAGUGCGGGACGCCUCGACUAAAAUGCACGGAGACUACACUCUGACUCUGAGGAAAGGAGGCAACAACAAGCUCAUUAAGAUAUUCCAUCGAGAUGGGAAGUACGGCUUCUCGGAUCCGCUGACCUUCAGCUCCGUUGUGGAGCUGAUCAACCACUAUCGGAACGAGUCACUGGCUCAGUACAACCCCAAGCUAGACGUCAAGCUACUUUACCCGGUCUCCAAACACCAGCAGGAUCAGGUGGUGAAAGAGGACAACAUUGAAGCUGUGGGGAGGAAGCUUUGUGAAUACCACCAGCAGUACCAAGAGAAGAACAAAGAAUAUGACCGUCUGUAUGAAGAAUACACCAGAACAUCACAGGAAAUCCAAAUGAAACGCACAGCGAUAGAAGCCUUUAAUGAAACUAUAAAGAUAUUUGAGGAGCAAUGUCAGACACAAGAGCGGUACAGCAAAGAGUAUAUCGAGAAAUUCAGGAGAGAAGGCAACGAAAAGGAGAUCCAGAGAAUCAUGGGUAACUACGAGAAGUUGAAAUCAAGGAUUAGCGAAAUCGUCGACAGCAAGCGCAGGCUGGAGGAAGACCUGAAGAAGCAGGCGGCGGACUACAGAGAGAUCGACAAGAGGAUGAACAGCAUCAAACCCGACCUCAUCCAGCUCCGCAAGACCAGAGACCAGUACCUAAUGUGGUUGACGCAGAAAGGAGUCAGACAGAAGAAGCUCAACGAGUGGCUGGGAAUCAAGAACGAGAACACAGAAGAUCAAUAUUCUAUGGUGGACGAUGACGAAGAUCUCCCGCAUCACGACGAGCGAACAUGGAGACUGGGCAACAUCAAUCGGGUACAGGCCGAGGCUCUGCUCCAAGGAAAGAGAGACGGAACAUUCCUGGUUCGGGACAGCAGCAAACCGGGGUGCUACGCCUGCAGUGUUGUCGUGGACGGUGAAGUGAAGCACUGCGUCAUUAACAAGACCCCCUCAGGCUAUGGCUUUGCAGAGCCGUACAACCUGUAUGGCUCAUUGAAAGAACUCGUACUUCACUACCAGCACACAUCUUUGGUCCAGCACAACGACUCACUGAAUGUGACGCUAGCGUACCCAGUUUAUGCCCAGCAGAGACGAUGAGGCUCCGGAUGUUUCGACACGGACAGAAAGAUUUACGAGCCUCGCAGCAGCAGACACGUCAUGGACUCCAUGAUUAAUUAUAUAAAAGGAACGGAUACGCCCUGAUGCCUGGCUCAAACUUGGAAACCGGAGGAAAAGGACACAAUAAAGCCUGAAACAUUUCAGUGACUUUGCCAUCAACCUGAGGCGAGUCUGAAUGUAAAUCUUUUUAUUUGUGUUUUUUUUGUGGGAGCACAGAAUCUAGCGGAAACCGGUGAACUCUCUCAAGAGGAGGACGUUUGAGGCCUUUUCCUUAUGGUGCUUGUUCGUUUUCAAAGCUUUACCAGCUGGAAUGUUGGACCGCAGCAGACAAACUCUUGAAACGGAGCGGUACUCACCGGCCACAACAGUUUUGUUUGUUUCCUCUCGCAUCAUCAACGUGCUUUUCUUUCUUUCUCUACGUGUGUGUUUGUGCGUGGACUGUCCAUGUGACCAAAACUCAUAGAAUCGGGAGACCGUGUGACGUUGGAUGGCUGUAACACACUAGCUUGUGUUAUCUGUUCAGCAGCAGAGCAUGGAUCAGCUGAAAAUGUAGCAAAAUGGCACUUUUCUUUUUGUUUUGUUUUUUACACAUGUAAUUUUUUUUAAUGGUUUUAGAAAGAACUAUGAGCUUGGAAGAGAAGAGCAGAGAAGGGGGGGGAAAGCUUGCCUCCUGCCUUCUCGUUGUUGAGCAUUAGAGCGCAGAAGCAAACUUGAUCUUAAAAGGGGGGACAGGUGAAACGAUAAUGGACUUGCUAUUUCAUGUACAUAUGUGAAAUUGUGCAAAGUCAUGAAACAAAGUGCACCGUACCAAAAAGAUUCAGUUUCUGUUCUGAUCAGCUAUGCAAUUCUUUCUCCAUUUGUACGUAAGAAUUGUUUAACUGUUGCAACCCACAAUAUAAGCUUGUUUAAUCGCUUGAAAAGUAUCUUUUCCUGUGUAAAUAUCCAAAUGGAUAUUUUGUUUCAAAAUGCCAAGCUACAGAACAAAACGCUUAUGAUUUUUAAAGAUAAUAAUAGAAAUGUACACUUUAUUGUAAUUACUUUAACAGCUGGUAUACAGAUGGAAAAGAUGAGUAUUUUAUUAGUCUUUUUGUUCUUUUUGCUUCAAACUAAAGUUCCUCUCAGGCAGAGCCUUGUGAGUAUUUGAGCUGCUUCAGUGAAGAGUCCAGAGCGACGCCCGUUGGCGCUCGGUUCUCUGUUUGGAGGAGCGCUCGGAGAACGGGGCUGGUUGGGAUUGUACGACCCAUAUCACCACCAAAACACCAGUAGAGAUUUAUUUUGUUAUAAAAUAGAUAUGUUCCCAUAUGAGAAUAAAAGAUCAAUUUACAUUUUACACAUUGUAUAUUUUUCUGUAUCAGAAAAUGUUUACAUGGGUGGAUCAGCUCAUUUCCGAAACGAAUUUUUCAUAUUUCAAGGGGGCGCCGCGCGAAAGUGUGUGAUGAAAUAAAAUGGCCACAGCUCAACUACAGUUUCCUUCCUGAUCUUUAAUUUAAAUGAGAAAAAUGGUACACAUUCAAGCCCAAUUGGAACACCUGUUUGAUGAACUCUCUGCCAUUAGUGACAUUUCUAUGAAUCUCCAUCCGUAACAUGCAUGCAGUGAUCACAGCUGUUCAGUUAAAUCCUAACAAACUAAUUACCUCCCGUGUUUUUACACACGUCGUGCAGGUGCGGAGCAGACGGUCGGUGUAAAUCUGUGCCUAAGGCAGACCGGUUUCGACUAUGGUACACGCAGCUCAAUUCAAUGUUUUACAGAUGCAUUUGACCGAGCUGCUCAUGCGAAAUUGAAUUUUGAGCACAUUCUGGGUUUUAUCACAUGUAUACAAGUAAUAAGACAUCUGUAAUAUUGGACAUUUACUACAAGUCUAAUUUUAUUUACCUCACAACAGCUGCUGGCACGAACGUUUUGUCUUUUAUUCUUUAAGAUCACAGACAACAUGCACCUUCUCUGCCUUAGUGCCGGGUUGUAUGAUUGCUUUCUGUUUUUUCAUUUUGUGUCCUGCACAUGAUGAUUGGAUUGAUAUUUGCCAGUGUUCCUCCGUUUGGCUUUGAAUCUGUAUUGGGCUUUGUUAAAAACAACAAAUAAAACACUUUUUUUUUUAAAGAAA